AUGGCUCAAACGAUUCCUGAACCGUUAGCACAAAAACCUGGUAUUCAAUUAAUAAAGGCUGGAUCGCUUGAAAUGGUACCACUUGCUGAAACUUAUAUGUGCGCUGGCCUCAAUUCUAGCAUAAUUGAUGUUCCCAUCAGCAAUGAAAACAAACCGCUCACAAUGGGCCAUUUCGAGAUGCGUCCGUCGCCAAAUAAUUUUCCUUUCUAUUAUGAAUAUUUGGAAGUCAAAACAGUCGUGAGCGGUAAAAUUAUUGUCAUGGACGAACAAAAAAAUGUAUACGAAGGAAAUCCCGGUGAUGUUUUCAUUUUUACACCACCGCAUGUCGUUACAUUUUUGGCCGAAUCAGAUGGUCGUGCCGUUUAUAUGGGCCAUAGAGGACCUGAGCCAUCAUUUUUACCAGGCUAUCAAGGUGGACCAAUCGAAACGCCCGCCAUUACCGAAAAAUAA